AUGGUGAUUCUGUACUUCCGGAGGCUGAGAACAGCUACAAAUAUUUUAAUUUUAAAUCUGGCGAUUGCCGACCUCCUCAUUGGCAUCUUCUGUAUGCCGACAUCAUAUUGGCAUGUGCUCAUCUUCGACGAUCAGCGCUGGAUCUUCGGCGAGAAACUGUGCUAUCUGAUGUCAUUUCUACAGGGAGCAGCAGUGUUCUUGUCCGCUUGGACGCUGGUUGUCAUCAGUUUUGACCGCUGGAUGGCGAUCAUGUUCGUGCUCACCCCGUCGAUGAGGUUGACCAGAAGCAGGGCAAUUUAUAUGGUCUCGGCCACUUGGAUUUUCUCGUUGACGAUGGCGCUGCCGUUGUUUCUCGUCUCGGUCCAUGAAAUCCCACCAAAUCGAACGGCUUAUGUCUGCACCGAGGAUUGGGGCUAUUUCAAGGAUGCCGAAUACGCCCAAAAACUUUACUCCCUCCUCGUGCUCUCGCUACAGUACGCCGUCCCACAAACCGUGCUGAUCAUCACCUACACGUUUAUUGGAUUCAAAAUGUGGCAUAGCCGGGUGCCCGGCACUGGGACAUCUUCUACGAAGAAAAUUGUCACAGAAAGACACGAAAGCGUCAAGAAGCUGAUCCCAAUGGUGAUCCUGGUCUCCGCACUUUUCGCCAUCUGCUGGCUGCCGAUUCUGAUGUUGUUCAACGUCGUGCUGGUCGUCAUGCCCGACCUGGCCAGCAGUGACUAUAUUUUAUUUAUAUGGUGGUUCUGCCACGGUCUUGCCAUGUCCCACUCCAUCGUCAACCCGGUGGUGUACUUCUUGCGAAACGCCCGUUUCCGCGAGGGUUUCCUCUUCUUCACCUCCAAAAUCAUGCCUUUCAUCAAGUGCGACGAGCUGCGGCUGCUUGGGGAUAGUCAUAGGAGACUGCGACACGGCCUCCUUCACAGCAUGGGAGCCGGGGGCUACCGUCCGGUGGGCUCAAUAAUGAAUUAUCGCGAGCCAGGAACGGUUCGCAAAGCCACAUUUUCGGUGCAAAAUUUUGCCACCGAAAAGGGUCAGCUGAUGCGGGUGAAAAGCGCCACCAACUCGGCCACCGUAACCCCACUCCUCGAGCGCCAGGUGCUCGUCUACCGUGCCGUCAACGGGUCCCGCAACGACAGCCCGCCAAAAGUUGGCGAGUCGCCAAGCUCCCCCACCCAUUCCGCAUCCACCAAAUCGCUACACUACACGCCUCCGGACGGCGGAUCGUACGGGUCGAUUGCGACACCGUUA